AUGGGUAGGCCAGAUGAGAAGGAUCUCGCUGCUUCGGUGGUCCCUGAGUAUGCGCAGCCUUGGGACAAGGAGAUCGAACGGCGAGUUGUGCGCAAGAUUGACCUUGCGCUGAUACCUUUGAUGUGGGUCGGGUACGGGUUGGUCUACUAUGAUAAGGCAAUUCUUGGAGGAGCGGCCGUGUUUGGGAUGACGGCAGACCUCAAAUUGAGAGUCGUCGUGGAUCCAACGACCACGCCGCCGAAAGUCUCCACCACUCGUCUCAGCUGGGCGACGUCGCUCUUCUACUUCGGCAUGCUUACUGGAGUUGGACCUCUGACAUACUUGUUUCAACGACUGCACCUUGGACGGACCGUGGGCGCUGUAAUCGUGAUUUGGGGUGCCGUCGCAAUGGCAACAGCUGGGGUGACGACUUAUAAAGGAUUGUUCGCGCAGCGGUUCUUCCUGGGCUUCGCGGAGAGUAUUGUACCUACUGCUUUCAUGGUCAUCAUCUCUGGUUACUACACUCAAGCGGAACAGACCUGGCGUCAGUGCCUCUGGUACUCUGCGACCGGUGGUUGGACCAUCAUCGGCGCUGGAAUCAACUAUGGCUUUGCCCAUAUUACGGGUGGGGAUCUUAAGAAGUGGCAAUACCUUUACCUGAUGGCCGGCGCACUGACGGUGUUGUAUGGGUUCGUGUUCUUCUUUUUCCCGAACUCGCCAGCACAGGCGUGGUGGUUCACUGAGGAGGAGAAAAGGGUGGCGAUUGAGCGGUUGAGAAUGGGUCAAAUGGGUGUUAGAUGCCAAAAGAUCAAGUGGCCGCAGAUAAAGGAGGCACUCCUUGAUGUUAAAGUAUGGCUGAUAGCCACCAUGAUGGGUGCAGCAUAUUCGGUCAACGGAGCAGUCUCAGGCUUUGGACCUCUGAUUGUAUCGACGUUUGGCUGGUCUGCUUAUGACGCCUUGCUGUGGCAGAUGCCUUUGGGCGGCGUUUGCUUUAUUGGGAUCAUCCUUGCGGGUUAUCUCAGUUUGAAAGUGCAAAACAUCCGCCUCAUCAUGAUCAUUGCCUGCUGCCUCCCAGUUAUUGCUGGUUGUGCCAUGAUCUGGAAGAGUAGCUGGCAUCAACAUGCUGCCACUCCAAUUGCUGGAUACACUAUCAUUGGCUUCUUCGCUCCAGUGACCAGUCUCAUCGUCAGUAUGGGCAUGGCUAAUGUUGCUGGAAACACCAAGAAGAGUUUCAUGGCAGCGGCUAUUUUCUACAUGUACAACGUGGGUAACAUUGUUGGCCCACAAUGGGUGCGCUCGGAGCAGAUAGGGUCACAUUAUCCCCGGCUCUGGCAAGGGGUGAUUGGAUGCUAUGCGUUGGUGAUUGCUAUUGCGAUCACGCUGUAUGUUAUGCUCGGUGCAGAAAACCGGAAAAGAGAUCGAUUGAGUCUGGAUGAGAAAGAGGCAGAAAGAGUUGCCUUUGAUGAUUUGACGGACAAACAGAACCAGUACUUUAGACUUUUCACCCUCAACAUGUCUGCCCUUCGCCUUUGCGCCUCGCGCCUUCUGCCUUCACGCUCAUCCACCUUCAUCUUGCCAUCUCGAGCAUACUCCUCUUUCAUCACCGCCUCUACGCCCCGAUUUACACAGCGCAGCUCAAUCUUCCUGUCCACGCGCAGAUGGGCUAGUGCGGAUGCACAGGAAAGCGCUGCUGCUUCUAACGUCGCUACGCAAUCAGUCUCAGCUGAGGAGAACGCUCCCCCGGCUGUGGCCGAAAGUGCCAACCUGACAGAAGCCACCGAAGAGAGUCUACCGGCCGCCGAAGUCGAUGAACAGAUCCUUCCCAAGGAAUCCCAAGCUUUCAAUGAAGCACCAGAACCAUCUUUCAAGACACGGGAUUCCGAGGAGAGAAAGGCGACGGUUUACAUUGGCAACCUAUUCUUCGACAUUACGGAAUCGGAACUAGUCAAAGAGUUCACUCAAUUUGGUACUGUUGCACGAUGCAAGAUCAUUCGGGAUACCCGAGGGUUGAGCAAAGGAUUUGCAUAUCUUGAAUUUGCCACGGUCGACUCGGCCGACUCAGCCAUCAGAACCAUGAACAUGCAACUGUUUGAAGGCCGCCGCAUGACGGUCCAGUAUGCCUCCCGGGAUAUGUCUGCAGCCCCAUCUGAAACUCGCAAACACACUCCCAUCAACGCACCAUCCAGCACGUUGUUCAUUGGAAACAUGUCGUUUGAAAUGACGGACCGUGACCUCGGCAACCUCUUCCGCGGGAUCAGGAAUGUCCUCGACGUCCGAGUGGCGAUUGAUCGAAGAACCGGGCAGCCUCGAGGCUUCGCGCAUGCCGACUUUGUGGACGUGAAAAGUGCCAUGGAAGCUAUUAAGGUGUUGCAAGAGAAGGAAACAUAUGGUCGAAAGUUGAGAGUUGACUACUCUUAUAGUUCAAGCCAGGCACCCAGAAAUCGAUCGGAUUCAAGAUCACAUCCAACCGAAACCCCGAGGGGAAGAUCUGACUCCUGA